AUGAUCAGAAAACUCUUUAGAACUCCAAUAUUUAGAAGUCUGAAAUUCCAUGCUCCAGCUAUUUACAUGUUUAGUCAAUAAAACCAAGAUCCUAAAUUCUCAGAUGAAAUCAUGAAUAAAUUGAAGAAUUAAGCAUAAUAAUUUUAUGACAACAUAGUAGUGGAUAAUAAAUUGUAGCAUGUGGAUGUUAUUGAUACAGACCAUUUUAAUCAGCUUGUUUAAGAAAGCAAUCAGAAAAUUAUCAUUGUUUAUUGUUUUGCCCAAUGGUCUUUAGAAUGCAAGGAAUUCAAAGAAGUAUUGAUUAAAAAUAUGGAAAAAUAUUCAGAUGUCUCAACAAUAAUCAACAUUGACAUCGAUAAACAUGCGAAUUUGAUCACUCAAUUGCAAAUUAAUUCUGUGCCCUUUGCAGGUGUGGUAUACAAUAAUUAAUUUGUUGAUGGAUAUUUUAAGAAUGGAAAGUUUGAUAGAUUUAUGACUAUCGUUGAUUAAAUAUCAAGAAUAUUGAGAGGUGAAAACAUUGAAGAAAUGAUAUUGGAAUAAAUGUCUGGAUUGUUUUAGAGCAAGAAUUAUUAAGGAUUAUUGACUUUAACUACAGAGGCCUUGGCAAGAGAUAACAUCAAAAAAGAACAUCCUAAAUAUUUGUUAUUCAAAGCAUUAGCAUAUGUUUUGAUGGAAGAUUUAAAUAAAAUCUAAGAAACUCUAGAAUCAUUUGAUAAAUAAUACAAAGAUGAUUUAGAAGACAUGAAUACUAAAUAAUUAUAUUAAUUAGUCUAAGAUCAAUAUUAAAUGAUUAAGGACUUGCAAUCCUUGACUCCUGAAAUCAAAAGAAUUUUGGAACGAAUAAAUGACAAUCCUUAAGACAAAGAUCUUUAUUUUGACUUGGCCUUGGAAGCUAUCAACGCAAAAAACUAUGAAUUGGCUAUUAAAACACUCCUAAAUGUAAUUUACUCUGUUAUUUUUAGAUUGUUAAAAUGGAUAAGAAUUGGGCUGACAAGAAGGCUUAGAAAAAGUUGAUUGAACUAUUUGCAUAAUUGGGAAAUCAACACAAUUUAGUUAUUGAAGGAAGAAAACAACUAGGAAAACUAAUAAAUUGA